UCCUCCCCACUAUAUGUUGGCGAUCUGAUCUGUGCGGACACAUCUAUCGCAUGUACCCCCGGCGAUGAGGCGGUCCAUUUGAAAGGAGAACGUUUUAUUUUCAAUCCGGUGACACAUAUAUAUAUAUAUAUAUAUAUAUACACACAUAUAUAUCAUAUAUAUAUAUAUAUUAAAAAGUCUGUUUUCUCCAUCUCGCCGCUGGAUUGGCGUUGAAGUUUCCUAAUUGAGAUUGUCCGGGAGCUGUGCUCGGAUCGACAUUAAUUUCCCACCACAUCAGGUGAUGCCCAAAACCAGCACUCUGUUUACACUGAAACACUGAUCUGUUCGAGCUGAAGGGACAGAAUGGGAAGAAAGAAGAUACAAAUUUCGCGGAUCGUAGACCAAAGGAACCGGCAGGUGACCUUUACCAAGCGUAAGUUCGGGCUGAUGAAGAAGGCUUACGAACUGAGUGUGCUGUGUGACUGCGAGAUCGCUCUCAUCAUCUUCAACAGCACAAACCGCCUGUUCCAGUACGCCAGCACUGACAUGGAUCGCGUGCUCCUCAAAUACACUGAGUACAGCGAGCCCCACGAGAGCCGGACCAACACCGACAUCCUAGAGACGCUGAGGAAAAAGGGUUUAAACGGGUGUGAGAGUCCAGACCUGGAGAUCGACGAUGCCAUCGAACCAAACCUGGAGAUCAACGACAAAUACAGGAAGUACGAGGCAGCCAGUCACAUGAACAACCGACAGAGGCUUUGUGCAGCCGCACUACCGAACCACGACCCGACCAUGUUGAGCGCGGCUCAGGGCGGAGCUGGCCUGGCCUACGGCAGUGUGCCGGAGUCUGCGCUGAGUCGCGGGGCGCUGACGCAGCCCACCGCACCGCGGAGCGAGCAUUCGCCGGGAUUAGCAGCUCCGGUGUCCGCGAUCUCACAUUCAGGUGCCGGUUACUUGAAUACCCACGUCUCCUCAGGGAUGCUGGUCGCCCCUGGUAACCUCAGCAGAACCAUGAUGACCCGCUCCCCGACCCCAAUGUCACUGGGCUCGGACAGUCCCAGAGACAUGCACAUUGGCGCCAGGAACAUGGCCUCCUCGAUGAGAACAACUCACCCGUCUCUUCAUUCUCCUCCCCCGAUGGUGUCCAUGGCCUCCCCAGGACUGAGCAGCCACUCAUUAGGGGGAUACUCCUCUGGCCUCUCUGGCUACUCGCUGAGUGACGGCAUCUCUGUGUACAGCGCGUCGGGGGGCGUCCAGCACGAGCUGGCAACAGGCUGGCACCAACGGCACCACCAGGCCCACCAUCCCCACCAGAGCGAGCUCCAGUCCGCAGCCCACCCUCACAUGGGGCUACCCAGCAGUGGUCACCUGACCCAGAGCUCCGGCCUACCUCUGUCUCCCUUCCAGACCAUCAGCAUCAAGUCAGAGCGGGCCUCCCCGCACAGCGAGGCCGGCGGCGGAAUGUUCCAGAACGAGGGCCGUUUGCCGCUGGGCGCUGGUCUCGACAGGGCCACGUGCGAAGCCACCAAGGAAUACGCCAAGAGCUACCAGUGCCCCAUCAUGCUGAGCCGCCCACCAUCCCGGACCGAGGGGGGAGUGGCUCCCGGCAAACGCCUGCGGAUAACGGACAACUGGCAGCGAUGAUGAACCCCCCCCCCCCCACCCCGCUCCUCCAUGCCCCCACUCCCACCUCACCCCCAGGGACAAGAUACAGAGCGAACAGACAACCCACCUUCCAACGUCUCGUCCCUGCACAAAAUCGAGGACCAACGCACAGACCCUUUUUCAGGACUCCGCUUGUGAUUUGUUUUAUUUGUUUUUUCUUGGGGGUGGAGGGGGAAGGAAAGGUGAAUUCUGUCAGAAUGGAAGUGAAUUGGAGUCUCUCUCUGACUCCCAACAUCCCUCUCGCUCCCUGUCUCACGUCCUCUCUCUGUCCUUUCGGGAAGCUUAGCUUUUAUUUGAAGUCGGAUUUCCUUACGUUUCUUUUAAGAACUAAAAACCCUCCAUUAAAAAGAAGACUGAACUCAACAAUUUGCCAAAUUCAGGAUGUUCUAAAAAUGUUAUAUGAAUAAAAGUACACCUGGACCCAGGUGGAAUUUUCCUCCCCCACGCCCUCAGGUGGAUGAGCCCAAUAUGAGUCAUCACCUUCAUAAGAGAUGGAUGGGGUGGGGGGGGGAAGGGGGGAGGGUAGCCAUUUUGUGUCAUUCAUCAAACCCCACCUCUUGGUAUAACAUCGCCUGGGGCAGUAUAUUGUGGGGAGCACUUCCAGUUAUGAUGUCCCAGUGGGAUGGGGAGAGAUGCUUCGUUCAAAAUGACCACCUCCAACCAGGGCUUGGACUGAGAAAGGUAGCAGUCAGUGCAGUGUGCAGAUACCAAUUUUUGAGGUCUUAAUCAUUGACAGCAAUGUCCUUUUCCUCUUCCAGCGCAAAAUAGAGGAGCUCAAAGCUCCAAAAAUGGAUUUUUACCAAAAAUAUAAUGUCCUUCGAGUCGACCGCCAUCUUCAAUGUGAGAUGGGUUGCCACCAACAGCAACCACAACUUGCAUUUAUAUCGACGCCCAACGUCCACCAGCAAAAUUAUCCUUUGCAUUUUGGUCCAUCACUCCCGCAGACAAUUACGUGCUCUUCACAAACUUUGGCUGAAUCUGCUGUGUGUUCCCAGUAUCCUGGGGGAAAGUAUUUUUACAGAUAUAUAUUUUUUACUGUUUUAUUUCAGGACUUGCUCUCCUUUUCCUUUCUGCCCCCCGCUCCACCACCACCCCAAUAAACUUCUCCCUCACUCAGUCACCGUUCCCCUAACCUGGUGACGCAAUCUGUUCAGCUGUAGCAUUUUUUUUUGUUAAAACCAAUUCUUAUUUAUUCAGAGACAAGAUUUGGUCUUGAGAUGAGAUGGAUCUCACUAGUGCUGUCUCCCCGAGGGGAGUAAGGUCCCCUUUGGCCACAAAGCUGGCAUAGACUGAGAAGGGAGGGGGUCGUUGUUGAUUGGAUUUUGUAACCAAGUGUGUGAUUUGGUUAAUCACAUCCCCAUCCUCUCUGGUUUAUGAGGUGGGAACUCUGUGUGUGUGUGUGUGUAUAUCUCAUCAGCAGCGAAUCUCCCUCAUCCCCCCCGCCCCCGCCCCCUCCUCCAUUUAAAAUACUUCCCCUUAUUUCCUCCCCCCUCUGGGAAUAGUCCCCCUCAUCGACCCUCCCCUCACUG